CCCCUAGGGUACCCUAAGUCCCACCACUCAAGUCACACCUUGGGAGGGGCUUGGAGGUCAGAGCUUACUGGGGCUUCACUCCCCAAGCACGGAGGGGCCCACCCAGGCUUGAGGGUAGCAGGGAACGGACGCACAGACGCUGGAGACUUAGCUCUGUCGGUCGGCCUGUGGGUCCUCUUGCCCCGACGCGUCCCCACCCAGCUCCAGAACCCUCCGUCACCCUAGUACGGUGGUCUGCGACGCUCGCCUGCAGCGGAAGCGCGGCGUGCCAUCCCCCCCCCCCGCUGUGUCAGCCACUCCCCCUCGACAGCCAACCCCCCCUCCCCGGCGCGGGCCCCCGGCCCCCGCCCUCUGCACCACACGCCCACGCCGCCCCGACCCCGCGGGGGACCCCAUUUUCCCGGCCGCGGGCUUCCCAUCCCCGCCUCCGGCGCGGCCCCCUCCCCGCCUCCGCUCCGCUCCGGGCUCGGGCCCCCUCCCCCCGCCGCCCCCGCCCCCGGGGAAGGCAGGCGCCGCUCGAAGCCGGGGCCGAUGCAGCUAAACCGUGCCGCCGUCGCCGCCGCCGCUGCGCCUGCGGAGCCCCCGGAGCCGCUGUCCCCCGCGCUGGCCCCGGCCCCGGCCCCCCCCGGCCCCCUCCCGCGUAGCGCGGUCGGCGGGACUCUGGCGGGGGGUCAGGGGGGGCCAGGGCGCCGCGCGGAGUCCCCGUGCGCUCCUCUCUCCGCCGGGAACAGUCAGGGCCCCGGCGCUAGCACCGGGAUGGACGGCCCCGGGGCCAGCGCCGUGGUCGUGCGCGUCGGCAUCCCGGACCUGCAACAAACGAAGUGCCUGCGUCUGGAUCCAACCGCGCCCGUGUGGGCCGCCAAGCAGCGUGUGCUCUGCGCCCUCAACCACAGCCUUCAGGACGCGCUCAACUACGGGCUAUUCCAGCCUCCCUCCCGGGGUCGCGCCGGCAAGUUCCUGGAUGAAGAGCGGCUCUUACAGGACUACCCGCCUAACCUGGACACGCCCCUGCCCUAUCUGGAGUUUCGAUACAAGCGGAGAGUUUAUGCCCAGAACCUCAUAGAUGACAAGCAGUUUGCAAAGCUGCACACAAAGGCAAACCUGAAGAAGUUCAUGGACUAUGUCCAGCUACACAGCACAGACAAGGUGGCCCGCCUGCUGGACAAGGGGCUGGACCCCAAUUUCCAUGACCCUGACUCAGGAGAGUGCCCUCUGAGCCUUGCAGCACAGUUGGACAACGCCACUGACCUCCUGAAGGUUCUUCGCAAUGGCGGUGCUCAUCUGGACUUCCGAACCCGAGAUGGGCUAACCGCUGUCCACUGCGCCACCCGACAGCGGAAUGCGGGAGCAUUGACGACCCUGCUGGACCUGGGGGCUUCACCUGACUACAAGGACAGCCGCGGCCUGACGCCCCUGUACCAUAGUGCCCUAGGGGGCGGGGAUGCCCUCUGCUGUGAGCUGCUUCUCCAUGAUCACGCACAGUUGGGGACCACUGACGAGAAUGGCUGGCAGGAGAUCCAUCAGGCCUGUCGCUUUGGGCAUGUACAGCACUUGGAGCACCUGCUGUUCUAUGGGGCCAACAUGGGUGCCCAGAACGCCUCGGGAAACACAGCCUUGCACAUCUGUGCCCUCUAUAACCAGGAGAGCUGUGCCCGCGUCCUGCUUUUCCGUGGUGCCAACAAGGACGUCCGCAAUUACAACAGCCAGACAGCCUUCCAGGUGGCCAUUAUUGCAGGGAACUUUGAGCUUGCCGAGGUAAUCAAGACCCACAAAGACUCGGAUGUCGUACCAUUCAGGGAAACCCCCAGCUAUGCAAAGCGACGACGUCUGGCUGGCCCGAGUGGCUUGGCAUCCCCUCGGCCCUUACAGCGCUCAGCCAGUGAUAUCAACCUGAAGGGUGACCAGCCCGCAGCUUCUCCCGGGCCCACUCUCCGAAGCCUCCCUCACCAACUGCUGCUCCAGAGGCUUCAGGAGGAGAAAGACCGGGACAGGGAUGGUGAGCAGGAGAACGACAUCAGCGGUCCCUCAGCAGGCAGGGGCGGCCACAGCAAGAUCAGCCCCAGCGGGCCCGGCGGAUCCGGCCCCGCGCCCGGCCCCGGCCCGGCGUCUCCCGCGCCCCCCGCGCCGCCGCCCCGGGGCCCGAAGCGGAAACUUUACAGUGCCGUCCCCGGCCGCAAGUUCAUCGCUGUGAAGGCGCACAGCCCGCAGGGCGAGGGCGAGAUCCCGCUGCACCGCGGCGAGGCCGUGAAGGUGCUCAGCAUUGGGGAGGGCGGUUUCUGGGAGGGAACCGUGAAGGGCCGUACAGGCUGGUUCCCAGCUGACUGUGUGGAGGAAGUGCAGAUGCGACAGUAUGACACACGGCAUGAAACUCGAGAGGACCGGACGAAGCGUCUUUUCCGCCACUACACUGUGGGUUCCUAUGACAGCCUCACUUCACACAGUGAUUAUGUCAUUGAUGAUAAGGUGGCUAUCCUGCAAAAACGGGACCAUGAGGGUUUUGGCUUUGUUCUCCGGGGAGCCAAAGCAGAGACCCCCAUUGAGGAGUUUACACCCACACCUGCCUUCCCUGCGCUCCAGUACCUUGAGUCUGUAGAUGUGGAAGGUGUGGCCUGGAAGGCUGGGCUUCGCACUGGGGACUUCCUCAUUGAGGUAAACGGAGUGAACGUCGUGAAGGUUGGACACAAGCAAGUGGUGGGUCUCAUCCGUCAGGGUGGCAACCGUCUGGUCAUGAAGGUUGUGUCUGUUACCAGGAAGCCAGAGGAGGAUAGUGCUCGGCGCAGAGCCCCACCACCUCCCAAGAGGGCCCCCAGCACCACGCUGACCCUGCGGUCCAAGUCCAUGACGGCUGAGCUCGAGGAACUCGCUUCCAUUCGGAGAAGGAAAGGGGAGAAGUUGGAUGAGAUCCUGGCGGUUGCUGCGGAACCAACGCUGAGGCCAGACAUUGCAGACGCUGAUUCCAGGGCAGCCACUGUCAAGCAGCGGCCCACCAGCCGGAGGAUUACCCCUGCCGAGAUCAGCUCAUUGUUUGAGCGACAGGGCCUCCCGGGCCCAGAGAAGCUGCCGGGCUCUCUGCGGAAGGGGAUUCCACGGACCAAAUCUGUAGGGGAGGAUGAGAAGCUGGCAUCCCUACUGGAAGGGCGUUUCCCACGCAGCACAUCAAUGCAAGACACAGUGCGUGAAGGCCGAGGCAUUCCGCCCCCACCGCAGACCGCCCCGCCACCCCCACCCGCGCCCUACUACUUCGACUCCGGGCCACCCCCCACCUUCUCACCACCGCCACCACCACCGGGCCGGGCCUAUGACACUGUGCGCUCCAGCUUCAAGCCAGGCCUGGAGGCUCGUCUGGGUGCAGGGGCAGCUGGCCUGUAUGAUUCUGGCACACCUCUGGGCCCGCUGCCCUACCCUGAGCGCCAGAAGCGUGCACGCUCCAUGAUCAUAUUGCAGGACUCUGCGCCAGAAGUGGGCGAUGUACCCCGGCCUGCGCCUGCAGCCACACCGCCUGAGCGCCCCAAGCGCCGGCCUCGGCCGUCAGGCCCUGAUAGUCCCUAUGCCAACCUGGGCGCCUUCAGUGCCAGCCUCUUUGCUCCGUCGAAACCGCAGCGCCGCAAGAGUCCGCUGGUGAAGCAGCUUCAGGUGGAGGACGCUCAGGAGCGCGCGGCGUUGGCCGUGGGUAGCCCGGGACCAGUGGGUGGAAGCUUUGCACGAGAACCCUCCCCAACGCACCGCGGGCCCCGACCGGGCGGCCUUGACUACAGCUCUGGAGAAGGCCUGGGGCUCACCUUUGGCGGCCCUAGCCCUGGCCCAGUCAAGGAGCGGCGCCUGGAGGAGCGACGCCGUUCCACUGUGUUCCUGUCUGUGGGUGCCAUCGAGGGCAGCCCUCCCAGCGCGGAUCUGCCAUCCCUACAGCCCUCCCGCUCCAUUGAUGAGCGCCUCCUGGGGACAGGCGCCACCACUGGCCGCGAUUUGCUGCUCCCCUCCCCUGUCUCUGCUCUGAAGCCAUUGGUCGGUGGUCCCAGCCUUGGGCCCUCAGGCUCCACCUUCAUCCAUCCUCUUACUGGCAAACCCUUGGAUCCUAGCUCACCCCUAGCUCUUGCUCUGGCUGCCCGAGAGCGGGCUCUGGCCUCGCAAACACCUUCCCGGUCCCCCACACCCGUGCACAGUCCUGAUGCUGACCGCCCUGGACCCCUCUUUGUGGAUGUGCAAACCCGAGACUCCGAGAGAGGACCCUUGGCCUCCCCAGCCUUCUCCCCUCGGAGUCCAGCCUGGAUUCCAGUGCCUGCUCGCAGAGAGGCAGAGAAGCCCACUCGGGAAGAGCGGAAGUCACCAGAGGACAAGAAAUCCAUGAUCCUCAGCGUCUUGGACACGUCCUUGCAACGGCCAGCUGGUCUCAUUGUUGUGCAUGCCACCAGCAAUGGACAGGAGCCCAACAGGCUGGGGGCUGAAGAGGAGCGCCCGGGUACUCCGGAGCUGGCCCCAACCCCCAUGCAGGCAGCAGCUGUGGCAGAGCCCAUGCCAAGCCCACGAGCCCAGCCCCCUGGCAGCAUCCCAGCAGAUCCCGGGCCAGGCCAAGGCAGCUCAGAGGAGGAGCCAGAGCUGGUAUUCGCUGUGAACCUGCCACCUGCUCAGCUGUCCUCCAGCGAUGAGGAGACCAGAGAGGAGCUGGCCCGCAUUGGGCUAGUGCCACCCCCUGAAGAGUUUGCCAAUGGGAUCCUGCUGGCCACCCCACCCCCAGGACCGGGCCCCCUGCCCACCACGGUACCCAGCCCGGCCUCAGGGAAGCCCAGCAGCGAGCUGCCCCCUGCCCCUGAGUCUGCAGCUGACUCUGGAGUAGAGGAGGCCGACACUCGAAGCUCCAGUGACCCCCACCUGGAGACCACAAGCACCAUUUCCACAGUGUCCAGCAUGUCCACCCUGAGCUCGGAGAGUGGAGAACUCACUGACACCCACACCUCCUUUGCCGAUGGACACACUUUUCUACUCGAGAAGCCACCAGUGCCUCCCAAGCCCAAACUCAAGUCCCCGCUGGGGAAGGGGCCGGUGACCUUCAGGGACCCGCUGCUGAAGCAAUCCUCGGACAGUGAGCUCAUGGCCCAGCAGCACCAUGCCACCUCUACUGGGUUGACUUCUGCUGCGGGGCCUGCCCGCCCUCGCUACCUCUUCCAGAGAAGGUCCAAGCUGUGGGGGGACCCCGUGGAGAGUCGGGGGCUCCCUGGGCCUGAGGAUGACAAACCAACUGUGAUCAGUGAGCUCAGCUCCCGUCUGCAGCAGCUGAAUAAAGACACUCGCUCCUUGGGGGAGGAACCAGUUGGUGGCCUGGGCAGCCUGCUGGACCCUGCUAAGAAGUCGCCCAUUGCAGCAGCUCGCUGCGCGGUGGUCCCGAGUGCCGGCUGUGUAAGUGAGCAUGCUCAUCCCAUGCCUCUUGCAGAUCACACGUUGUGCCUGGCUGCCCCCCUGGCUGUGCUGCAUGGCUACGUGGGGGGGCUUUGGUGCUGACGACAGCUACCGAGGCUAUCCUUGGACGCAGUGAGGGGUAGAGACGGGGAUGAGGGGCUGUAGGAGUAGGCUUCCUUUAGAGCAGCCGCCUGCCUGCCUGCCUCGGGCUGGCCUCCCUCCAGCCAGGCAGGCUGGGGCGGGGCCGGAAGUCCAGGAUCCUGGCAGGUGAGGCCGGGAAGUGAGGUACCAUCUGCCUUGUGUGCCUGCCUACGUGCUACUGCGUUCCUGUCAGUACUGCGGCAUGUCCGCAGCACAUGUAGUCACCGUUGCUGCUGUGGUGUGCCCUCCUGUGCAGGGAAGACUGUCUUUCCUGUUAGCCGUGGGUGUGAGCCCUGCCUGGUGUUUGUCUUCAGUGUUCAUGGACCUGUGCCACUGCCAGCCUUUAACAUGACUCGGCCAUCCCUGAAAUUGGCCUUGGUUGCUCUGGCUCUCUUCAAGCUUGAGAACAGAGUCGUAUGUGGGGAGUGGUGAAGAUAUUGUUCAAAUCCUGUAGUCGGGAGCAUCUGUGGAUGGAACCCACGCCCAGAGGCCGUGUUAGAGGCUGGCAGGGAGGGGCAAGCAGCUUUUGUCCAUGAGAGAGUUUCCUUUGGUGAACUGCCCUUGGGGCCUCCAUGGAGAGCAGUGUGGGGGGACAGUCUUACUCUUUAGAUUCCAGUCAGUUUAAGAACACCUCUCCCUCCGCCCCCCCCCCCCGCCCCCCAGAGCAAGGCGCUGGUCGGUCCUGUCUUAGGAUGGUUGUGUUUUUUUUUUUUUAAAGAAUGACCACAGGAUAUUCCUCCAGCCCUAGUCCUCCUGGCUCUGCUGCCCUCUGUCCAUUCCGACUUUACUUUCCACCCCUCACCUGGCCCUCACCCACUCUCCCUCCGCAGGCUCUUCAGCAGCCUCGGUGAGCUGAGCACCAUCUCAGCGCAGCGCAGCCCCGGGGGCCCGGGCGGAGGGGCCUCCUACUCGGUGCGGCCCAGCGGCCGGUACCCCGUGGCGAGACGAGCCCCGAGCCCAGUGAAACCCGCAUCGCUGGAGCGGGUGGAGGGGCUGGGGGCGGGCGUGGGAGGCGCGGGGCGGCCCUUCGGCCUCACGCCUCCCACCAUCCUCAAGUCGUCCAGCCUCUCCAUCCCGCACGAACCCAAGGAAGUGCGCUUCGUGGUGCGAAGUGUGAGUGCGCGCAGCCGCUCCCCCUCACCAUCUCCGCUGCCCUCGCCUUCUCCUGGCUCUGGCCCCAGUGCCGGCCCGCGUCGGCCAUUUCAACAGAAGCCCCUGCAGCUUUGGAGCAAGUUCGAUGUGGGCGACUGGCUGGAGAGCAUCCACUUAGGCGAGCACCGAGACCGCUUCGAGGACCAUGAGAUCGAAGGCGCACACCUGCCUGCGCUCACCAAGGAAGACUUCGUGGAGCUGGGAGUCACACGCGUUGGCCACCGCAUGAACAUCGAGCGUGCGCUCAGGCAGCUGGAUGGCAGCUGACGCCCCUCUCCCUCUCCUGUUCCUGCUGCGCCCUGCCGGCAGGGCCCCCACCCCUACUCCAGGCCGCAGGCUCGGCUCGCCCCCUACCACGGCGCCCGGGCCAGGAAUGUUGCAUGAAUCGUCCUGUUUGCUGUUGCUUGGAGACUUGCCCUGUACAUUGCUUAGUGCCCUCCCCUGCCGCUGAACCCCACCCAGCACACAGUAAGGGCGCGGACCAGGGGGGCUGGGUGGAAGGGGGUUGGGGCAGGGUGCUCUGGCCUGACCACCUCCUCCACAGCUCCUGGUGGCCAUUCUUCCAGAGGGGGAACCUAGUCCAGCAUGCGAGGUCAGGACACGCCUUGGUGACUCGGGGGGAGGGGGGAGACAUUGGGGUUCUCGAUAGGGGCCAAGGAGCCCCCUGUUUUACAUAUUUUAAUCCACUCUAUAUUUGGAAAGAGAAAAGGAACAAAUAUCUCUGUCCGUAACAGUUCCCGCCCUCUUCCCCUCAAGUCCUCUCGCUGGUCCCGCCACAGCUACCCAGUCUUCCAUCUCCGGCCCCUCACUGCCACCCCAUAUAGGGCAGGGGACACUCCAGCUGGCCUGGGGUUAGCCAGGGUCCUGGCAGCCCACCCUGGGGACCCCGGCUCAGCCCCCUUCCCUCGCUGAGCUAUAGUAUGCCCCACCCACCCUUUAGGUGCUGCUCAGGGGGACGGGUGGCAGGCAUUGCCUGCUGGGCACUAGCAGGGCCAGGUGGCCUGGGAGAUUAUUGCCCUGGGGCUGGGCCCCGGUAACCCAACCCCAGCCAUCAUCUUCACAGGGUCUCUCCCAAAGGAGGGGUCUAACCUUUCCCCACUUCUUGGGCAACUACAGCAGAGAAGCCUCCCUGCCUCGCGCCCCAAAGACUCCCCAAUUCCUGCCCUGUGUGUGUGCACCACAUGUGUGUGUGCACGCCUGCGUGCUUGUGAAAAUUGGGUGUGGCUGAGCGCAUGGGUGCCCUGUAUGUGCUUGAUUGUGGAGUGGUCCCCAGGGGCUGUUCUGGAUGGGUGGGAGGUUGAGGAAGCUUGCACAGGGGUGCAUGCAUGGGUGUGUGCCUGUGAAAGGGCCCUGUCUUCUCCAAAGAAAGGCUGUCCUGCUCUUGGGUCCUGCUGUUUUCUCAGCCUGUUCUCCCUGAACCUCACCCAGCUUAAGCAGGGGUUCUUGGUGAAUCCUUUCAGCUUUGGGAGGCCUCAAGGGCUCCCGUGCAGGCAGCACCCCUUUGGGCUUCUAAGGGAAUUGUGGGGACCACUAAAAUCAGGCCACAACAGCCCUUGGAGAGAGGCAAAGACUCCUGAGGGUACCCUGGCCCCCCUUACUGUGACUCCUCACAACUCAGCAAUGACCUGUGGGGCGGGGGGCCCUGGGGCAUUUUUAAACAUAGGGUUUGGAGUCUGGACUAAGCUCCAUCCACGUCACUCACAAGUUUCUGUUUCUAUUUCUAGCUUUUUUUAAUAAAAUAUAUAUAUAUAUAUAUAAAAAAGACAGAAAACAGGUGUUUUCAUGGCCCAGGGGCUUGGCACGCCGGUCUGUGCCCACCCGCCCCGCCCCACCCUGGCCCACCGGCCCCAUUCCUUAGACACAGAGUCACGCCCACUAACCCUCUUACCAACAGAGCAGGUCACACACACAGCAGCGGUCACUGUAACAGACUGCCACAUACACAGUCUCACAUUUACCUGUGGGUUUUUGGUUCUGUUCAGUUUGGGUUUUUAACUUUACAGGGUCAGUUCCGCUUCAUCCCCCUUUUGUAUGGAGUUCCAUCUCGGGGCUUUCAACCCCCUGCUCCAGUCCUGAGGCCUCCUGACCCUGACGUUGUGAUACACCCCACAGAGAUCUAUGUUUCUUAUAUUAUUAUUAUUAAUAAUAAUUAUUAUAAUAUUAUGUAAUAAAUUUAUAAGAAAUGAAA